AUGAAUCAACUCGAAGCCAAAACAGCGGAUAUGAAAUUGGACGAAUCCAAUCCGGAGACAAGCCCACAAACAGGCGUUUCAGGAGUUCUCAUCGACCCUGAAGUGGAGAGACCUGUCAAAAGGAAGAUUGAUGCAAUAGUCUUGCCGUUGGAGAACGAGGUGCUGAUAGCGAGAGGCAUGAAGAUGUGUCUGGUAUUCUUUUCUCAAUACCUUGACAAGCAGAGUCUAAGUUACGCCGGUGUGUUUGGAAUGAUAGAUGAGCUACAGCUUCACGGCACCCAAUUCGCCUGGUUAGGGUCCAUAUUUUACGUUGGCCAGCUGGUGGCGCAGUUCCCGGCCAUGUAUUUGAUGAGCCGACUGCCUCUUGCAAGAUUUAUAUCCUAUCUCAUCAUAUUUUGGGGUGGGAUUUGCAUGUGUCUUGCAGCAGCAACAACGUUCUCAUCUUUCAUGGGCGUCCGAUUCACUCUUGGAUUGGCUGAAGGUGCGGUCUCGCCUGCCUUUGUGACGCUCACCAGUAUCUGGUAUAAAAAAAGCGAGCAUCCACUACGCAUCGGUCUAUGGAUCAGCUGCAAUGGACUGGCUCAGGUUCUCGGUGCUUUGAUGAUGUAUGGCAUCGGUCACGAUCAAAUGGCCAUUGCUCAAUGGAAGGCAAUGUUUAUCAUCUGUGGGGCUCUCACGGCAUUCUUCGGAGUUUUAUUCUUUUUUAUGAUGCCCGCUGGUCCUGAAUCAGCGUGGUUCCUCAAUCCUCAAGAGCGACUAAUAGCAACGCAACGAUUGAAAGCGGAAACAGAAGGAGGAGACCAAACAAAUUUCUCUAUCUCACAGCUGAAAGAAACGGUGAUGGAUAUCAGAGCAUAUUUGAGUUUUCUAUUUGGUGUCCUCAUAACACUACCUUCACCAGUUAUUGCGUUUGCUUCACUUAUCAUAUACUCUUUAGGCUACUCAGAUUUUGAAACCAUGCUGUACACUUCACCGGCAGGUGCAGUUCAGAUUAUCUUCAUUUGGGUCGGGAUAUUUCUCUGCUACCUAUGGCCGAAUCGUCGGUGUGCUAUCAUCAUUGGUCUUACAAUCAUUCCGCUCACUGGAAUUAUUCUACUCUUUACGCUUCCAUUGUCCGCAGGGUGGGGUAUGAUUGCUGCAUCAUGGCUGGCCUCUGUCAUCUCAAACAUCUUCUCGAUUCUACUCAGCUUGUACGCGUCCAACACUCGUGGAAAUACCAAAAAGGCCAUUGUCAACGCUUUGUUCUUUGUUGGCUACGCUGUUGGUGCUAUAUGUGGGCCAUUACUCUGGAACACUGAAAAUGCACCCAGGUAUCGUAGCGGUCUCAUAUUGGCUCUGAUUAGCUGGAUUGCAUUCAUUCCGACCGUGGCGAUAUAUUGGUUCUCAUGUGCUCAUGAAAAUGAACGCCGGUCUACAGUGGAGGUGGAUAUUUGCCAAUACGUUGCGGAGGUCACUGGAGAAGAUUUGACGGACAAAGAAGACAAGCAUUUCCGAUACAUUCUUUGA